AUGAUGAGGAGGGCGGUGGCCCCGGUUGGGGCGGUGGUGGACACGGAGGCGGGUGGGGAGGAGGAGGACGCGGCGGAGGCGGAUGGGGAGGCGGCGGCCGUGGAGGUGGAUGGGGUGGAGGUCGUGGAGGUAGAGGAUGGUAAAUAUGAAGGUGUGGAUGCUUUGCGUGACUCGGGUUGGUGGUGUGAAGUCGCCUUCGAAGUAGUUGUUACGUAG